UUUCUUAAACUAACAUACGCAGAUAGGCCCAAAGCGCGCCAACCAUUGAAGUCAUCGCCAUUCCUUCCUCCUCCUGCUUCUUCUUCUUCUUCUUCUUCCCUUACGGCUUUAUCAAACCAAACCUCUCAUCAUGCUCUUCCUGUCUACGAAACGACAACAGCUCUAAUCAAAUCAGCAAAUAACCUAAUCAAAACAACACAGCAACACCAAAAUUAAAAAAAAAUGUCAUUUAUCUUCUCAACUUCACCUUCUCGCAUCACCUUCUACUACUUGAAGAACCCUAAUAUCUCUCCCCCUCCUUCCCAACCAAUAAUUUCCUGCCACAUCAGAACACCCUCACAUUUCGGUAAUUUCCGCUAUAAUCUCCAAAAGAAGCCUCAGAAUUUCACUCUCAGAGCAUACCAAUCAGAUGAAACACUAUAUAUACAACAGCAACAACAACAUCAACAAAACGAUUACGAUUUCAAUCUCGAUUCUUUUCUCUCAAUUACGGAGUUCCUAUGUUUUAUGUCAUCAGCGAUUAUUACGGUUAGUUAUGCGGUGAAUUGUACGGUUAUAAGCUCGAAAAAGACGGUGUUAGGAUUAGUAGGAAGUAAUAAAGCGGUGGCUUGGGGAUUGGUGGUGAUGGUGAGUGGAAUGGCGAUUGGUGCGUGGAUUAGGAGAAGGCAGUGGCUUAGGGUUUGUAAAGUAACGGUUAGGGAAGGUAGAGAAAGUGUUAAUUUAGUCGAGAGGAUUGAGAAAUUAGAGGAGGAUUUAAAGAGUUCCGCCACCAUUAUUAAAGUGUUGUCUAGACAGCUUGAGAAAUUAGGGAUUCGAUUUCGGGUUACUAGGAGAUCUUUGAAAGAUCCCAUUGCUGAGACUGCAGCUUUGGCACAAAAGAACUCUGAGGCCACUCGGGCACUAGCAAUGCAGGAAGAUAUCCUCGAAAAGGAGCUUGGUGAAAUUCAGAAGGUCUUGUUAGCAAUGCAGGAGCAACAACAAAAACAACUGGAGCUGAUUCUUGCAGUUGGAAAGAGUGGGAAGUUAUGGGAAAGCAGACAGGAACCCAGCCAACAGCAAGACGUGUCAGAAACAUCUGAUUCGGUCAAGGGAGCUAAAAAGAUGGAAACCCAAGAAACUCAGGCUUCAGCUGCAAGCAAGGGCACCAACAAUGACAGACCCUAAAAGUUUUGAAAAUUAAACAUUCAUGGGAUUCUUCUGUUCUUUUCACCACAUAAGGUCAAUUUGCUUGACCCUUCUCUCCACAUGGCAGGUGGGCUCUGUUGGCACCAGUACAGAUUUUAUAACAUGGUCUGUUGAUUAAUCAUCCAGGAAAACUUCCCCAGUUCUUGAUCUGAUCUGCCAUUGGUGCUUGUGAAAUGAAAACAGCAUCGAUGAUUUUUGUAACUUUUGAGGUUGUAUUUCAUGCUCAUUUUUCCAGUGUUAAUAUAGUUGAAAAUAUCUCAUGUCCCA